UUGUCCUGUUUCUUCUUGUUGGUUCUCUGCGUUCUCUGUUAUGUUCUGUCUGCCUCCAAACUCUAAACCUGCAUUCAACAAUUUUCUGUCUUUUGCCGCUUUGCCCGUUUUUUUCGUCCAAGCAAAAAGUCGUUGAAAUCUCAAAUUCUCCAUUUUAAACUGCAGUUUUCUCGCCGAAAUAACUCUUCUAUCGUUUGGAAACCAGAAGGUCGCCGCAGAAAAAUUUCAAGAUCCUCACCUACAAACUUAAAAAGGAAUCUGUUUUUUUUUUUUAGAAUGGCCCAACAACAGGGACUGCCGGAUCUCGUGACCACUGGUCUUCAGCCCGCCACCAUCUUGAUCCUCCAGGCGGCCAACCCAACCUUGCAGUCCAUCUCUCAAUUGGACAAGUUGGAGAUGCAGCUUGUGCUGCGCGUCAAUUUGGUUGACCCUGUUCGCCAGUGCUGGGGAAAGCCCAGACUGGCACAGAUGAUCUUAGACUUGCUUGGCGAAGUAAACGCACAGCAGCCACCUGCCAUCGCACAGCAGGCUCAACCGCAGCAGGCCCAACCGCAGCAGGCCCAACCGCAGCAGGCUCAACCGCAGCAGCCUCUACCGCAGCAGCCUCCAGCCAACGCACAGCAGCAGCCUUUGGUGGACGCUCAACAGCCUGAACCUGCCCAACAGCAACAAACACCGCAGGAGAAACCCCUGCGUUGCAUGACUUGUGGGCUUCGCCCCGUCACUCACUUCUUCAGCAAGUGUUUUCAUGUGGGAAUUUGCGAGGGUUGCAGGGAAGACAUCUUGGACAGGGACGUUUGGCAUGCGGGUGAUGCCCGAGAGGGCUUGUGUCAGGUCGUUGCCUGCCGCAAACGUCACACAGCCACUGAAAUUGCAGCUAUUUUCCUUGUGUACGUAGACAAGGAAUAAUGUCUCUCCCUUCUUUUAGUUUGUUGAAAGUUACAUAUGUUAUUUCUUCAAAAACACAAGGACAUAAUUAUUUUUGUGAUAGUAUAGAGCCAUGCAAGUUCUUUAUAAUGUGAAACCCAUAUAUGUUAAAUUGUCACCCUCUUGUAAUAUUAAUUUAAUGAAGAGAUCAUUUGUCAUGCAAGUUCUAAAAACACGUUAAUUUAUUAUUCUCGCAAGUAAAGACUUUUUGUAAUUGAGUUUUUAAUUAUGGCGUGAAGUGUGCAAGUGAUUGCUAAGUGUUUUUACGAGAAUGACCAUAAUGUUAAUUUAAAAACCUGUAUAUGAGUUGAAAGAUGAGAGUGAGGGUGCCGAAAAUAAUUUCGUCAAAUUCACUUAUGUAAUUAAUUGUUAGAAUAUUUGACUUAUUGCCAGUAAAACUAUAACAUUUGAAAGAGAAUAGAAUUCUGUCAAAAAUAAGGAAUAUUAUGUAUACUAGAUAUAAUACUUUUAUUGUUCUGUAAAGAAUAUUGUUGAUUUACACCUCAA